UGCCAUUAUUAAUAUAGACACCGGAUGUUGAUAGGUUCUGUAGAAGGCAUGUUCCCGAGGCAAAGCAAAUGACGAUUUUUCCUCUUCCUCGUUGUAAGAAAAAAAUGCAGGUUUUCAUCACUUUAGGAUUGCUUUCUAUCAUAGCUUAUGUUUCUUAUGGAACUCUCUCAAAAGCUUCCAAUUCUUUGGAUCUUUCAGAAAAUUUGUUGGUCCAAUCUGAAAUAAGGAAAUUAAAAAGCCGAGUUAACCAUUUGGAAUAUGUAACCUGUCUUAGAAAGAAGAAGUAUCCAGAUGUUACAUUUUUAACAUAUAAAGACCGGAAACGCAUUUUAAUAACUGGUGGUGCAGGUUUUGUUGGUUCCCAUUUGGUAGAUCGUUUAAUGAUCCAGGGACAUGAGGUUACUGUCAUUGACAAUUUUUUCACUGGCCGCAAACGAAAUAUUGAACACUGGAUAGGGCAUGAAAACUUCGAAUUGCUACACCAUGAUAUUGUCAACCCAUUAUAUAUUGAAGUUGACCAAAUAUACCAUUUGGCAUCUCCAGCGUCACCUCCAAAUUACAUGUACAAUCCUAUUAAAACUAUAAAGACCAACACAAUUGGCACCAUCAAUGUUCUUGGUUUGGCCAAACGUGUGCGAGCUAGGAUUUUAUUGGCAUCCACUUCUGAGGUCUAUGGAGAUCCUGAAGUUCAUCCUCAAGUUGAAGAAUAUUGGGGUCAUGUGAACCCCAUUGGUCCAAGGGCCUGUUAUGAUGAAGGCAAGAGAGUUGCUGAAACCAUGUGCUAUGCAUAUGCCAAGCAGGAAAACCUUGAAGUGCGUGUUUCGAGAAUUUUCAAUACUUUUGGUCCCCGGAUGCACAUGAACGAUGGCCGUGUUGUGAGCAACUUUAUUUUGCAAGCUCUCCAGAACGAACCUAUUACGGUAUACGGUGAUGGUACACAGACUAGAUCGUUCCAGUAUGUUAGUGAUUUGGUAGAUGGGCUUAUUGCUUUAAUGAACAGCAAUUACUCUCAGCCAGUCAACCUUGGCAACCCUGAAGAACAUUCUGUUAUGGAAUUUGCCAAAAUUAUUAAGAGCCUUGUUGGUGGUGACAGCAAGAUAGUCAAUAGACCGGCCAUGCAGGAUGAUCCACAGAGGCGGCGACCAAAUAUUUCAAAAGCUUUAAAAUAUCUGAACUGGAAACCUAGGAUUGCAAUGAUUGCUGGAAUUAACCGUACUAUUGAAUACUUUCGUAAUGAACUCAGUCGCUCUCAGCAUAGUCAACGUAAUUUUCACCCACCAGAUCUGGUGUGAUAAUUUGAACUGAGUGCAGUCACUGACAAGACUUUAUACAGUGAUGUCAUUGAAAUCACUGAUCAGACAUUUAAUGUUGGUGUAACUGCAGUUCUUCAUCAGACAUUACAUGUCUGUAUGACAGCAGUACUUCAUCAGACAUUUUACAAUACCAUCAUCCAUAUGGCAUCAGAUAUUUUGCUGUAGUCAUACUGCAGUGAAACCAGACUUUGUACCAUCAGAUGUUCCCAGAUGGUGUUAUUAUAGUCAUUUUAUUUUGGUUCUCUAGUUCAUAAUAACUUAUUCUAAACUAAAAAAACAAACAAAACAAAAAAAAAAUCUCACAAAAAAACAAAGCAAA